AUGUCGAUUCCGUUUUCCGUCGGCCGAAUCCUCGAUCUUGCCACCAAAGGUGAAGCCGAUGACAUUCGCCUUUUUGGCCUCACGCUGAACCAGUUCUUCGCUGGUCUGGCUGCAAUCCUAACCCUGGGCGCCAUGGCCAAUUUCGGGCGAGUCGUCUUGCUACGCAUUGUAGGUGAGAGAGUCGUGGCUCGACUCCGGUCUCAGCUCUACAGACGGACCUACGUCCAGGAUGCCGAGUUCUUUGACGCCAACAGGGUCGGCGACCUCAUUUCACGGCUCAGCUCCGACACGGUCAUUGUCGGCAAAUCCGUGACGCAGAACCUGAGUGACGGACUCCGAGCCCUCUUCAGUGGCGGUGCAGGCUUUGCCAUUAUGAUUUGGACCAGCCCCCAGCUUACCGGGCUGCUGCUCCUCAUGUUUCCUCCGGUCGCAAUCGGCGCCUUUUUCUACGGCCGAGCCAUCCGGAACAUCAGCAGGGCGAUCCAGAAGAACCUUGGAACGCUGACAAAAAUUGCCGAGGAGCGGCUGGGCAACAUCAAGACCAGCCAGGCAUUCGUCGGGGAAGUCCAAGAAAUCGGGCGCUACAACAAGCAGAUUCGCGAGAUCUUUGCGCUGGGCAAGAAGGAGUCGCUGACUGCGGCUACCUUUUUUGCUUCGACCGGAUGGGCAGGAAACAUGACCAUCUUGGCCAUGCUCGUCGUUGGCGGCAGCUUCGUGCGAUCCGGAUCCAUGUCACUAGGAGAGCUCACGUCGUUCAUGAUGUAUACGGCCUUUGCUGGCUCCAGCCUGUUUGGCCUCUCAGGAUUCUACUCGGAGCUCAUGAAGGGGGUCGGGGCAGCUAGUCGAUUGUUCGAGCUGCAAGAUCGCAGACCAGGCAUCCAUCAGACGGUGGGAGUCCCGGUCAAGUCGGCUCAGGGGCCCAUCCGGUUCCAAGGUGUUAGCUUUGCCUAUCCGACUCGGCCAGCGGUCAAGAUCUUCAAUGGGCUGAGUUUCGAGAUCCCGUCGGGGAGUAACGUCUGCGUCGUGGGGCCGUCCGGUGGUGGCAAGUCUACCGUGGCUUCGCUGCUGCUCCGGUUCUACAACCCAAUGGCAGGCUCCAUUACGAUAAACGGUGUCGACGUUUCGAAGAUGAAUGCCAAGUCGCUCAGGAGACGCAUCGGAAUGGUGUCGCAGGAGCCCGUGCUUUUCUCGGGGACCAUUGCCGACAACAUUGCUUACGGAAAACCAAUGGCAUCUCGAAUGGAGAUUAUCUCGGCGGCGCGGCGAGCCAACUGCAACUUCAUCAGCGACCUCCCAGACGGCCUCGAGACGCAGGUUGGAGCUAGAGGAUCCCAGCUGUCGGGCGGUCAGAAGCAGCGCAUCGCCAUUGCGCGGGCGCUGCUCAAGGACCCCGACAUUCUGAUCCUCGACGAAGCCACGUCGGCGUUGGACGCCGAGUCGGAGACGCUGGUCAACGAAGCCCUGGCGGGACUGCUGCGUGGCCACAACACGACGAUAUCGAUUGCACAUCGUCUGUCGACAAUCAAGCGAUCGGACCAAAUCAUUGUGCUCAACACCGAGGGCAGAGUGGCGGAAAUCGGCAGCUACGCGAAGCUCGCGGCAGACACGGAGAGUGCCUUUAGCAGGCUGAUGGAGUGGCAGAUGAGCGGCGGGGAUGUCCCGGAGAAGCGGAGCUCCGAGUCUGGGGCAAACAUCACGGAGGCUGAGGAGUUGGAGCAAGACCUUGCGCGAGAAGAGCUGGCACUUGAUGAGGGGCAGGAGACGGACGAGACGCCAUCGCGGUCUGUGGAUGGCGCAAAGGCACCCUGA